CUGACAGACAGGAGUAGAGGAGCAAGGUACACACUGUGAGGAAUCAUCGGCAUUAAUCCAGUUUGAUGAAGCUUGGCGACGAGAAGGAGGAUAAAGUAUGAGAAGUUCCUCUCCACACGCGUAAUUACGCAUGUCAGUCCUUUCCUUCCUUUAAAGCUGUUUCUAUCUAAAGGAUGCUGGACCCCAAGGACUGUGGAGUGACAAUGACGUCCAGUCAUAAGAGUUCUUUUUCUAUUGUUGAUAUAUUGGAUCCAAACAAAUUCAACAGCAAAAGAGGAAACGAACUUUCCAUCGUAAAGGAGUUUCCUGUGCCACAUGAAGAGGGAACAAGUUUGGAGUCGGACAGCGAUGCAGGCGGAGACUUCAGAGUUGAGCGCACACACGCAGAGGAAGAGAUAGACUCUGCUUCCCCAAGGCGUCAUGGUGGUGUUGAUAACUCUCUUCUGCUCUCCCCUCCGGCUGAAUCAGAGUCCUGUCUCCCCGGGAAACAGGACGAUGGGGAGUCAGGGGCCGCCCAGCAGGACCCCUCCCCACACAAGCGGCAGCGAACGGACCAGCCCUGCGCCAAACCACGGCGAGCCAGAACAGCAUUCACAUACGAGCAGCUGGUGGCUUUGGAGAACAAGUUCCGCACAACCCGGUACCUGUCUGUGUGCGAGAGACUAAACCUGGCUCUAUCUCUGAGUCUGACCGAAACCCAGGUGAAAAUCUGGUUUCAGAACAGGAGGACCAAAUGGAAAAAGCAGAACCCCGGGGCGGACAGCAGCACCUUACAGCCCGGCUCCAACUCCCUGGUCAACCUCAGUCCAAACCUGACCCCCUGUGGAGCAGGCGCCGCCAGUUUCCACCAAACUUUCCCCAACUUCAGCGCUGGGAAUGUGAUCUUCCACACGGCCGGCGGUGUUCCACUUUCAUCCACUGGAGGGCUCUUGCAUUCCUUCAUGACCAGUGGUUUCGUCCAGCCCACUUAUUAUAACCCACAUCUAUGAGAGAAGCCAAGACUGACUGCAGCUGAUCAAACUGUCGGGCAAAUCUUUAAAAGCUGAACUUUUACCGCCCAGAAUUAUUGUCAUGUUCUUGUCCAGAAUUAUUGCCCAGAAUUAUUGUGAUGAUCAUGUUCUACAAACUAAGGAGAAAAGGGGUCACCUGUUUGUCACAGGUUUGGUCAUGUUCAAUAACAAAUUGCAACACCAUUUAAAGAAAAAUCAAAUGUCUUCAUGAUAUUUCGAGUAUGGUGUUGACUGUUUUAUGUUGUCAUGGACCUUAUACAGGACAUCAAAACAAAAUGCCAUAUCUGUGAGUUUUAAAGACUGCCAGGACUGCACCAUGUGUUGAUUGUUGGUCGUUGUGUAUUUGACAGCUCAUACAGUAUGAUUUUCUUCAUCUGUGUACUGUCCAACAUCUCUUACUGUGGCAUUGCAUUCAUCCAAACACAGCUUUGUGUCUUCCUCUCAAAGGCUUGCACAGCUCUGUUGCCAUUCAUACAACGUUAUCAGUGUAACUUAAUUUUAAAAAACUAACGCAUACAUCUGUGUCUGGCUUGUGCAUUAGAAAGUUAAAACACUUCAUAUGUGAAUAAAUUGUAGGACAUUUUGCACACCCGUUUACAUUAAUUUGGUAAAACCUGACACCAGUGAUGGGUUUGUGGUAGAUCAUGUGCUUAAAGGGCCCAGUGGAAAUCACUCUAUGCUGCCAUCUCCUGGACAACAAGUGCAAGACGAGGGAUCUUAAUUUCCGAAUGACCAGGGACCUCAUGAGAUAACACACACUCACAUUUUAAAUUAUGUAUCUAUACACUCUUGGAAAUACAUUUAUUAUUUUCAUAUGUUUUUGUUUAAAAGAUAUGAUGAGUUCAUUAAAUAUGCUGCAUUGUUAGCAAUUUACCUUCAAAUAAUAGAAUAAAACAAAUAAAUAAUUAUUUAUAGAAAAUAAAUACUACUCAAAUCCUCCUCCAGCAGCACAUAUGCUUUGUCUUUUUUAAUGUGUUGCUCUCAAACCUGCAACAAUUGUAUGGUUUGGCCACUUGAGGGCAGCAUAGAUUUGAACAUGGCAUUUAAAUGUAACAACCUUUUAAGGAUGGAGAAGUCAAAGCUUAAGUAAUUGAAGAGCAGAAAGUGCUUAUACUGAUUCUUCAACCUUCACUUACAUAAUACGAUCACACAGUGUCCUCUCUUUCUUUAUUUCUCUAUAAUCUCGAUUUAAAUGUAGAACAUAGUGAAAGAAAAUACUAUUUAUUGGAAUGUAGGAUAAUAAUGAUCAUGUACAGGACAUAUUCAUACUUUGUUUGUACUUUAUUUCUAUGAUUAUGAAUGGUUUAUGUGUUGCUGUUAUUUCCUAAUUCCUACUUCAUUAGAUUAUCUUUAGUAAAG